AUGGGGAGUCUUAGUGAAGAAGAAUUCGGGUUUUUCGAUGCCCAUGAGGAGAUUGCAUCAGUGUCUGAUGCAAGUGGUGAGAACAUUGAGGUGUUGGAUACGAGUUCUAGUGCUGUGAGUUGGGUUCGGGAUAGUUUUCCUUAUGAUGUGUGGGUUAGAAGCCCUGGGAGUGUGAAGGAGAGACGGGUUAGGUUUCUGGAUUGGAUGGAAGUUAGUGCAGAGCAGAUUGUGAGGGAGAAUUUGGUGGAAGUGUCUAGUGAUGUGUCGAGGGAAAUAAGUAGAGUUAGAGAGAGUAGUGGGGCGGUGUUGAGAUCCUUAUCUUUCGAAGGUGAGUUCUCUUCAAGUCGCUCUUCAAUGUCGUUUUGGGCUAAUGAAUUUAGGGAUGGGAGUUUGAGUGGGAGAAUGGUGUGUAAUGGAGAUGAAGUGGGGCUGGAUGGGAAGGUCAGUGAAGGUCGAGAAGUUACUGAAGAGUCCGAGGAGCGCACUUCAUGUUCAUCGUCUUCCUUAUCUCAUCGACUGAGUGAAAGAAGAGCUGAAGAGAUUACUGAUAAGGGGGCGAUACUGAAGAGAGUUAAGAAGAAGUGGUUGAGUAGAUUGCGGUCCAUGACAUGCCUUGAUGAUAAGCAAAGGAUUGCUGACAGGUCACCGGAGAAUGAUGAUGAUACAGUUAUGGGGAUAAGGUCUCAUAGAAUGAAGGUUCGCCAUUCCGGGAAGCGGUUGAAGGAACUCUCAGCUCUUUACAUGGGGCAGGAUAUCCAGGCCCAUGAGGGUUCAAUUUUCGCCAUGAAAUUUAGUCCUGAUGGACAGUACCUAGCAAGUGCUGGUGAAGAUGGGAUUGUGCGAGUCUGGCAAGUGGUGGAGAAUCAAAGGUGUAAUGAACUUGACAUUCCGGAAAUAGAUCCAUCCUGCAUAUACUUCACCGUGAAUCAUCUCUCUGAACUGAAUCCACUAUUUGCGGAUAAAGAGAAAGUGAGCAAAGCACGUAGCAUGAGGAAAACUUCAGAUUCAGCAUGUGUCAUAUUCCCCCCUAAAAUCUUUCGGAUAGUUGACAAACCAUUGCAUGAGUUUCAUGGGCAUGGUGGUGAAGUUUUGGAUCUCUCCUGGUCAAGGAACAAUUAUCUCCUGUCGUCUUCAGUUGACAAAACUGUUCGUCUAUGGCAAGUGGGAUGCACUGAUUGCGUCAAGGUCUUUGCCCAUAGUAAUUAUGUGACCUGUGUUCAAUUCAAUCCUGUGGAUGAUAAUUACUUCAUUAGUGGUUCAAUAGAUGGCAAAGUUCGCAUUUGGGGAAUUCCUUGCAGUCAAGUUGUUGAUUACAGUGAUGUACGAGAUAUAGUUUCUGCGGUGUGCUAUCGCCCUGAUGGGCAGGGUGCUAUUGUAGGCUCAAUGACGGGCAUAUGCCGCUUUUAUAAUAUAUCAGAUAAUCAUUUGCAAAUGGAUGCUGAAAUAUGUUUGUACAGUAAAAAGAAGGCUCCCUGCAAAAAGAUAACAGGCUUUGAGUAUUUCCCUCAUGAUCCUGACAAAGUAAUGGUCACUUGCGCCGAUUCACAAGUCAGAAUUCUUCAUGGUUUGAAUGUGGUUGGAAAAUACAAGGGAUUAAAGAAUGCAGCAAACCUGCGAUCUGCCACUUUCACUUCAGAUGGGAAACAUAUAAUAUCAGCAAGUGAGGAUUCUAAUGUAUAUAUAUGGAACUGCAGUGAUCAGGAGAAAAGCUUUUUCUCUCAGGCAAAAAGUACUAGAUCAUGUGAGCGGUUCACCAUGGAUGCUUCCGUAGCAAUACCGUGGUCUGGUUUGAAAUGUGAGGCCUUAGAACAUGCAGGAAAAUUUGGUGUUGUGGAAAAUAAAUUUCCAGAAACUCUGCCUUUUUCUUCACCUGCAUGCUUUUCUCUGAGCCAAGAAUCUUUCCUCGAGUCUAUUCCCAAAGGAUCUGCGACUUGGCCUGAGGAGAAGCUUCCGACAUCAAGCCCCUUGCCAAAGUCAUCCACAAUGCACAGAUCUGAGUACAAGUUUUUUAAAACUUCUUGCCAGAGCACAUCGAGUUCCCAUGCGUGGGGUAUGGUUAUUGUGACUGCUGGUUGGGAUGGACGGAUCAAAUCGUUCCACAAUUAUGGGCUACCAGUGCCUGUUCGAUAGUAAAGUGCUUUGGCAUGGUUUCAAAGGAUUGUUCCUAUCACAGUUUGCAGGACACUCAACCUGUGAUGCGCUCUUCAGCUGAUUACAAGCUACAAAUCUAAUGGAUUGACGAGUGACUACAUUAUCUUCGGCUGCAUCAAUUGCCACAGCAGGUCCAGGUUGACUACUCUAGCAGGCAUGUGCUUGAUGGUUGGACUAAAGCAUUUGCUUCUUCAGUGGGUCCCUUCUCAGAUUCAGAGGUAACAGUGACUGAUUUAUGUCCUGACAAGUGGCAGUGAUUCAAUGGUUGCAACAUAAUCCAUUUUGGAAUGAGCAAGUGGCUGAAUUGAGGCUCCGUGGGAUGUUUUUGAUUUGCCGGUUUGCCGAAGUUGAUGUGGAAGCCAUUUGCUAGGCGAGGCCAACUUGAGAUAUCAUCCCUGUAUAAUUGCAGGUGCUCUGUGGGCCUUGUAGAACUUCUUUUGUUCUCUCAGAUGGGAUAGGGGAAUCAAGAGCUGGUGGCUGAAAUUUGUUUCUGAAAAAAAUGGUGGGGAACUUCACAAUACUAUCAUGCUGGCCGGACAGAAUUAUUGAAUUGUUUGUCUGCCAUUUUUUUGUACGGUCUCAUGGUGGGUGUAUGUGACCUUUGGUUAGCAGUGAUUGUUUAGGGCGUCAAUUUCCUCUAUAGUGGCUAGUUUAUUUCAGCAGCCAGGGGAUGGGUAAUCAGACCAUCCAAGCACGCUCUCGGGGAAGGUGUUUUCUGGCUGGAACGGUUGCUUUUGCUCGAAUCCAUGGUGGACGAGCAUUGUGAAAGUUGCGGAAUCCCCUUUUGCUAACAAACAUUGUAUAUUUAUACUCCUAGUUCAGUCUUACUCUAACAGUUGCUCAGAUUAGACUCCAGUAGAUAGGGCUUUUGUUAACAGGAAUUUACUUUGAGAUUUUGAUAAUGUAACUACAGUUUCAUCUUGGAGUAUUUAAAUGAUAUAUUCAUGUAGUUCUCUACAUUUUCAU